CGCCCGCGCACCUGGCCGCCGGGUCCCCGGGCGCCCCGUCCUCCCCGCGCGCCUCCGCGCCUGUCGCCGUGCCUUUCUCCGCGCGCCUCUGCCUGCGCGCCUCCCUGCCUGCCCGACCCCCCGUCUCUUCCCCAGGCUCCGCUGGGUCUCCCGCAGUCCCUCGCUCGCCUGCCGCCGUCCGUCUGGUGGCCCAAGGAGGCGCGAUGAGCGGCGCCUGCUCGAGCUACGUCAGCGCGGAGCAGGAGGUGGUGCGCGGCUUCAGCUGCCCGCUGCCGGGGGGCGAGGCGGCCGCCGUCUUCUGCUGCGGCUUCCGAGACCACAAAUACUGCUGCGACGACCCGCACAGCUUCUUCCCCUACGAGCACAGCUACAUGUGGUGGCUCAGCAUCGGAGCUCUUGUGGGACUCUCCACAGCAGCAGUGGUCCUUCUGUCCUUCAUUGUCACUGUUUGUGUGCUCUGCUAUCUGUUCAUCAGCUCAAAGCCCCACACAAAGCUGGACCCAGGCUUAAGCCUACAGACAACAGGCUCUAAGAAGAUGUCACCUGACCAUCACGGUUUGAACACAGCGAUCACAAUGGAGGGAUCACACUCUCCCAGGCAGAGUUACUCUUUGAACUCACAACUGGAAAACAAUGAAAGGCAGGCCAUGGACCCCAGAAGUCUCCUCCAGCACCACUUCACGGCCAUGGUGACCGCUAGCAACAUUCCAGGCAGCCCUGAAGAGGACUCUGUCCCGACCCCUGACCCAUGUGGACCAGUUCCUUAAACAUCCAAUAAAUGUCUCUACAUCAUCCCAUCUGAAGUCUUUUUUUAUGAAAAGAUGGGAAAUGGCUGAGAAGACAUUGGAGCCUAGUGGAUUAAAGCAGGACUUUUCCCAACAAAAGCACCUAGGUCUUGUAAUGGACCCAGCUGUCUUGCUUGGCCUGACCAACUUAGGACCAACAGAAAUUGGAUGUGAGUCAUCUCUUGGGAGCGGGGUAGUAGCAAUACCACACAAUCCAAAAACCUGAGUUUGUGGAGACUCAGAGAGCCCUUCUGAGAAGUCCUGACCUUUAUGUGGUUCCUCUGCCCUAGAGUAGGUGUACGUAAAAGUCCCUGGAAUGGAGAUCCAUGCUUAGAGGGGAAAUCUACCUGUCCAUCACUCCGCCUGCCCUGGAGUGAGCUACUUGAUGAGGUACAGAAAGAGAGGGAGUAUAGUACAGGGCUCCACCAUCAGAGUUUCUCAGCUGGAUAGAAGAAUGAAUGAGGGAGGGCUGGUGAGAUGGCUCAGCAAGUCAAGGGACUUGCACUCAAGCCUGAAGACCUGAGUUCGGUCCCUGGAACCCACAUGAUCAAAGGAGAGGAUAGACUCCUCCAAAUCGUCCUCUGACCUCCACACUUGCACUGUGGCCUGUACACACACACACACACACACACACACACACACACACACACACACACUAUAAUAUUUAAAGUAAAUGAGCGAGGAAAAGAAUGGUUAUGACACCAAAUAGAGGCCCCACAGGGUGGACUGAGCCACUCAACCCAAGUGAGCAACAGUCCUUAAAUCUCCCUGUGCCUCUAGACUGUCAUCCAAGCUACUUGGGAUGCCCAGACAGGAGGAUCACAAGUUCAAAGCCAGAUGAGACCCUGUCUCAAAAGGAAAA